UGCGUACUGUUGGCAGAGUGAGAAUGAUGCCUUGAAAGGCUGACAUACAGUAUACAUAUAUAUAAUUAUGUGGAACAGCCAGGGGCAGACUGACAACUCAUGGGGCCCCCGGGCAAUAGGGGAUCAUGGGACCCCUGUGUCCUUGCCCACACUCAAAAAAAAAAGCUUAUAAAAAAGGUACAUGGGGCAUUUCAUGGGGCCCCCUACUGACCCCGGGCCCUCGGGCAGUGCCUGAGUGCUCAAAUGGUCAGUCCGCCCCUGGG